AUGGCUGUGGGUGGUGACGCUCGUUGUCUCGGGAGUCCGCAGACUGAUGAGAUGAAGAUCUUCAGAUGCCCGGAGAAAGCUCGGGCCGGCGCAUACAAUUAUUUGGGCAUCGUCCCAUCUUCUCUCUCACACCUUUCCUUUCCGCAACAGGCUGCUUAUACAAACCUUGCCCAUAUACACACGCGUUUCAAGUGCGGAUUCCAGGACCGAAGUCGUCAUAUCAAUCACGUUCGAUCUGUCGCGAUGCCUUCUAAGCAACCUCCCUCGUUCGGAUCGCAAGCUUACUGGAAUGACCGUUUCGCUUCAAACACGGAUCCAUUCGAAUGGCUCGAGGCCCCUAACGCCCUAGACCCCCACAUCGCCGAUUCCUUGAAAGCUACACUCACUCCGCAGCCGGAACUUCUCCACAUAGGUUGCGGCACGUCACUACUAUCGUACCACUUGCGCUCGCAUGUAGACAACCCGAUGCAGAUACAUAAUUUGGACUAUUCGGACGUUGCGAUUGAAGUCGGCAAGAUCCGUGAACAAGAGAUAUACCAGGGCCCGAAGGCCAAUGUCGCAUGCAUGCGCUGGGACGCUGCAGAUUUGCUCGACUACAAGUCUUUGAUGCGCGCAUGCAAGCGUGCUACCUACUCUGUCAUAGUUGACAAGUCGACAUCAGACUCCAUUGCUUGCGCCGACGACGUCCUCGUUCCUUUACCGUACCCGCUAGCUGUCCGAUCUUAUGACUCCCUAGAUUUGGAUUCUACCAAGUCAUCGGAACGCGUUCAUCCCUUAGUAGUCAUGACUGUGAAUCUAGCGCUUAUGACGAAACCCGGGGCGCGGUGGAUAGCUCUAUCUUACUCUAACGAUCGCUUCUAUUUUCUGGAUUCAUCUGCGAUGGACGUAAUACCUCAAGGUGUAGCAUUCCCACAUCCUGGUGAUCUGUGGCACAUAGUGGAGAAGCGUGAGAUUGAGAACGUAGAAGGGCAUGUACAAAACGAGAAGAGAGAUGAUGCAGUAACACAUAGACCAAAGGUGUGCAAUUUUGUAUAUAUUCUGGAGAGGACCCAUUUACCAUUAUUUGUUCGCGGAGAACACGUUUAG